GCAUGACCUAGACCUUCAGGAUCCAAUUACUGGAUUAAGCGCUGUGCACAUUUUUUUCUUUCAAGGGAGAAAAAGUAUCACAAAUGGAACAUCGCGGGCUCCGUAGAUUCAAUCGACCGUGAACAUCUUUUGUACAGUUCGUUGUGUUUACAGAGGCGUGACGCUAUGGGUGUGGUCACCUAGAACUGUGAGAAAAGUGUGGCAGACGUAAAGAUGGGGAUUAAGCUUUAGGCAGUAGCAGGUUAAACAAUCGAGCCGACGCUUGUAAUUUUUUUCCUGCUCUCUGCUGGUGCGUAUCGCUAGCUGGGUGUUUGAUUUCCUACAGCCCUUCAAAUCAUCAGCGCCACCUUCAGAGCUACCAAAAACCCCUGGGUAUAUUUAGGAUGGACUUGCUGUAUGUGAUGACCCUUGUGGCCGCAUGUGUGACCAUGGGGUCAGCUCUGACUGAACGGGUCCCGUACAAGGACGGUACAUCCAAGACAUCCUUCACGACCGAGGAGAUCACAAAUUUGGUGUACAUUCACAACGCCUACAGGAGCGUCGUACAACCAACGGCCGGCUUCAUGGCGGAAGUGGAAUGGGACGCAGACAUAGCGGCUCUGGCACAAGAAUGGGCCAACAACUGCUCAGGGGCUCACCGGCCCAACCCCUCAGUCGGCAACUGGACAGGGAUGGGAGAGGCUCUCUACACUUUCUUCGGUAAUAGUUACAAUGAAUUGGUCGCCGUUGAAGCAUUUUACAACGAGUCACGAGACUACAACUAUGAUACUGGGGUGUGCACCGCAGGGAAAGUUUGUGGACACUACUUUACGCUGGCAUGGAAUGACACGAUCAAGAUUGGUUGCGGCAUUAGAGGUUGUCCAGCUCUGACCAAUUCAUCGUACACCGGGUUCGCUGUCUUCAUAGUCUGUGACUACAACGCCAAAUAUCGCUUGAACCGGAAAGCCUACAAAAGCGGCCCACCAUGUUCAGCCUGCACUACCACCCACCCCAAGUGUCGCUACAACCUUUGUGUGAGAGAAGAGCUAUUCAACCAGCAGAAAGGUUACGAUGGCAACACAACUUUGAUCGGCAUCUCGAGAAACAGCGCUGGCAACUUGCCGUUUAGUCUUGGACUAAUCAUUUCAACUUCACUUCUUCUUGGUCUAGGAAAACUACAAGUCAUACUGGUAGGCUACACCGGCUAAACUAGUUGCUGAUAAAUUUACAUCUAAUCAAUCUGCAGUGUUUAUAGACGAAGAAAUCAGGAAUGCGUGAAGGCAUGACCCAGAAAAACACGUAUCAUCACAUCGAUUAUCAUUAGGCCCUAUUCAUUAUAUUGACUAGAUCUACAUCACAUUGGUAAAACUCCAUUUUAGCGUAUUUUAUUUUCCGCUUCACGUUCACCUGCAGUUGAGCAUAUUAAAAUCCUAAUAUAUAAAA